CACCCACAUCGCUAGUGCUGAAGGACUAUGUUAAUCACGAGCUGGUACCUAUCCUGACCAUGGACCCGAACGGGGCCCCACGAUUGGCCCCUGCCCCCGCCUAUACGCCCACGGUGACCUCCUGCGAGGUGACCACGCCCAGCAACAGCUGCAUCGCCCAUGGCAGCGACUCGGCCCUGGGCUACUCCUCACUGAACAGCCCGCUGCUGGAUGUCCUCAAUACACCCACAACAUCACAGGCGGCCGCCUCGGGCGUGUACACCCUCACCGAGGAGACGGAGAUUGAGCUGCAAGAGACGCAGGUGGAUAGGAUCUAGAUCUAGCGAUCCGAGGGCCGCAAGGCCAACGAAAGAAAGUAUUAGACGAAAAUUCAGUAUUUUAGAGAGAGCGCGAGACACAGGUCCCUAGACAUAGUCUUAGACAUAGUCCCUGGGUUGAGAGAAUGUCGAUGUCGAAUGUAAAAUGUGUGUUGGACUUUUUUUUUGUUGUUUUUUUGGAUGUUUGUAUGUCUAAAUUUGUAAGGAAUUUCCCCCGUGUAAUUGGCAUCUACCGCUGGAACAGCGGAGAUCAUAGAUCAUAAGCAGAACUAUCAAUGUAUUGUAUAUAGGCAUUGGGUCGAAGGAAGAUACAUUUCCAUAGCUCCUAAGCAGAUGAUACUAAAAAAUACAAAAAUACAAAAAAUACAAAAAAUAACUAGUCAAUGUUAGGGGUACUGCAAAAAGGCCCAGGCAAACACAAAACCCAAAAACCAAUAAGAAUUAAGAUAAACGUUAUACUACAAGUAAAUACAAAAUCGGAUACAAUAGGAUUUGGCCAGAGGUGCUCUCUCAGUGUUUCAGAUCAUGAUUGCCCCGAUCCCGAUCUAAGCUUAUCCUUGGGUAUUCAAAUAUCAAUAUAAUGCAUUACAAGAAAAUAUCAUUUUCAUGGAAAAUUGAUACUGAACGAGUGUUGAUAUUGUUAAACGAUCCAAACGAUAUGCAAAUUUGAUCUGUGCACUGAUCUGAUCUGAUCUGUGAAUGGCAGAAGCAUAUAGUAGGUGGUUAAGUGCUUCAAAUUACAUAUUACUCGAACCUCUAUCUUAAAGAACAGAAGUUUGACCGAAUAGAUUCCAUUGUUGAUUGAAAAGUAAGAAGUGUCAAGCGUCUAGCAGUGGGAUCCGGCACCAAUCAAGGCUGCUGUCUGGUGGUUUGGCCAGUGCUCAAAACAAUCCCAUCACCCCAAAAAGCACAGCCGAUCAACAGAGAUGGAGAGAAAGCACCCUCUCGCCCUGUCUCCUUCUUUCUCAUUCAAUCUUCGCUCUGGUGAAAGCUUUCCCCGAACAUUUUCAACUGCAAUUAAAUAUAGUAUAUAAAUAUAUAGGUAUGAUUAAUAGAUAAAUUCGUCUUUUAUAUGUAUGUAUGUAUGUACUCGUAAGCAGAAACACACAAUUACAUAUAUGCAAUCUCCAGAACAGAACCCAUACAUAUACAUAUACCUAAUCAACAAAAAAAAAAAAAACGCCCACACCCAUAUUUUAUACGUAACUCAAGCUUAGUAAAAUUAA